AUGAAGUUAAUAUUAUCAUUGGUUUUAAUAUUUGCAAUUUUAAGUAUUGUAAAAUCAGCCAAAAUAACAUUUGAUAGCAGCAAAGAUUGUAUUACACAAACAUGCGAUUUUUCAACUGCAAGUAAUUGGGUAGGUGGUGUUGCACCAAAAGCAGGGGAUGAAGUUGUUAUUUCAUUAGGUUCCAAAUCAGUAAUUAUAAUGAACUCCUUUGUUGCAUUCAGUAGUGUAACUGUUACAAGCUCAAUUUUAAAAUUAAAUUCAAUUAGCUCAGCUGGAACAUUUUCAAAUGUAGUUUUAGAAAAGAAUGCACAAUUUAUUGUAAAUGCAGCAAGCCAAUCAACACUCUCAUCAAUUACUGGCUCUGGUUUGUUAAUUGUCGAUCCAAGUCAAGAGCAAACCGGAUUAACCAUCAAAGGUGCCCAAGUAGACGGUGUCUAUUUAAAUGGAUAUGUUAGUGCCACCAUUCAAGAUUCCACUGCAGGAUUUGUAUCCCAAUAUAAUGCUUCAGAGUUUGUCCAAGGUCCACCAAAACAAGUUUCAUUUACCGGUACAAACAAGGUUGGUGUUCUUUAUAUUUUAGGUAACGGUCUUUCAUUUGCCAACUCGUUCACUAUCGAUGGCUCCAUUCUUCCAUCGACCUAUAGCGAUCUUACAAGCUAUAUCGGUAGUUCAGAGUCCUCAUCAGAAGACACCAUUGCAAUUAAAGCCACUACUUUAACUAUUACAAAUGCUAAAGAUAUUGGUAAUGCAGCAACUCUUGUUUUCCAAGGUACCACUCUUUCAAUUUCAUCAUCAUCAUUCACUGGUGGCUUUACAUCAGAGGCUCAAGAUGUUUCAUUUGAUGGCUUUGUCAAAUUUGGAACCGAUUCUAGUUUUGCAAAUAAUAUUGUUUUCCAAACAACAUUCAUUCAAAUCAAUAUCCAAGGUAAAUUUACCUUCAAUAGUGCAAAUGUAAAUCUUAAAAAAGUUGGUUCAAAUUCACCAUUCAUUAUUGCUAUUGGUGGUAUGAAAAUUGAUGGAUCCAUCACUCUUAAUUUUGAAAAUGAACCAAAUGAAUCACAAGAAUUUAUCAUUUUCAAGAGCAUUGGUGUAAUGGAAGGUGAAUUCGACUCAGUUUCAAUGAAUAUCCAAGACGAUUCAGUUUCUUCAAAAGAAUUCUCAACAACCAUUAAAAAUAAUAUUUUCAUCUUGACCUAUUCCGAUCAAAUUGGUAGUGCUUCAAAUUUAUCAGCUAGUUUAGUUUUAAUAUUAUCUAUUUCAUUUUUAUUAACAUUAUUUUAA